GAAAAACAUCCCAACUCCCCAAUGACAGCAAAGCAGAUUCUGGAGGUCAUUCAGAAAGAAGGCUUAAAAGAGACAAGUGGAACCUCUCCCUUAGCCUGUCUGAAUGCCAUGCUUCACACUAACACCCGAAUAGGGGAUGGAACAUUCUUCAAAAUCCCUGGAAAGUCAGGCCUCUAUGCCCUCAAAAAAGAGGAGUCAUCAUGCCCAGUGGAUGGAACCUUGGCUCUAGUCUGUGACGCAGACCUGGAUGGCACUGAGAUGGCAGAGGCUAGUGCCAACGGAGAGGAGACCAGGGUGUGUACGAAGCAGGUAGCGGAUGAAGUAUCUUCCACUCGGGAUUGCAGCCUUACGAACACGGCAGUGCAAAGCAAGCUGGUGUCUUCCUUCCAGCAGCACACCAAAAAGGCCCUGAAACAGGCUUUGAGACAGCAGCAGAAAAGAAGAAAUGGAGUCUCAAUGAUGGUGAACAAGACUGUCCCUCGCGUUGUCUUGACACCAUUAAAGGUGUCUGAUGAGCAGUCCGAUUCGCCUUCAGGAUCUGAGUCUAAGAAUGGGGAAGCAGACAGUUCAGAUAAAGAAAUGAAACAUGGGCAAAAAUCUCCGCCUGGAAAGCAAACAAAUCAGCACUUAAAACGCCUAAAAAAGUCUGGUUUAGGCCACUUGAAAUGGACCAAAGCUGAGGACAUUGACAUAGAAACCCCAGGAUCUAUCCUCGUCAACACUAACCUGAGGGCCCUGAUAAACAAGCACACCUUUGCCUCCUUCCCUCAGCACUUCCAGCAGUACCUCCUGCUUCUGCUCCCAGAAGUGGACAGGCAGAUGGGCAGUGAUGGAAUUUUACGCCUCAGUACUUCAGCUCUAAAUAACGAAUUCUUUGCAUAUGCAGCACAAGGGUGGAAGCAGCGACUGGCAGAAGGAGAGUUUACCCCAGAAAUGCAAUUACGAAUAAGGCAAGAAAUUGAGAAGGAAAAGAAAACAGAACCUUGGAAAGAAAAAUUUUUCGAGAGGUUUUAUGGAGAAAGAUUGGGCAUGUCCAGAGAAGAAUCUGUGAAGCUUACUUCUGGACCAAGCCAUGACGGAGCUGAAGGGAGUUCCUCCCACGGGAACUCUGGCAUUCCGGGUGCUUCGGCACAGACUGCAUUACAAGAACAGCAACCAAAAAUCAUGAAAACUUCAGCUUCCUCAGAGCCCGACUUCUGCACUACCAUUUGUCCAAUGUUAGAGGUUCCAGUGAAGGAUGUAAUGACAGAAUCAGAAACAGAAGACAUCUUUAUCCCCGAGGAAUCUGUGAUUCAGGAGGAAGUGGCAGAAGAGGUAGAGACAAGUAUUUAUGAAUGUCAAGAUGAAACUCAUAAGAGCAUCCCUGAGAUUUCCGAGGAUUCUGAAAGUCCAGCCACCUCUUGUGAAGAGCCCCAGGUAGUAGCACCUGAAGAUGGCUUGGAGUCCUGUGUAGUAAUGAAUGAUAUUUUAGAAACUUUACCUCAUAUUGAAGUGAAGAUAGAUGAGAAAUUGGAAUGUCCCCAGGAAGAAAUGUCAGUUGUCAUUGACCAACUGGAAAUCUGCGACUCUCUUGUUCCUUGCACUUCAUCUGUCACUCAUGUCCUUGAUGCAGAACAGAAGGAACAAGAAACCACCAUAGAGACUAGCACUAUAGCUCUGGGAGCAGAGCCAUCUUCUCUGGAAAGCCAGCUUCCAAAUGAGGGAAUUGCUGUAGAUAUGGAGCUGCAGAGUGACCCUGAAGAACAGCUCUCGGAAAAUGCUUGCAUCUCUGAGACUUCCUUCUCCUCUGAGAGCCCAGAGGAAGCAUGUGCCAGCCUUCCAUCCCCAGGUGGGGAAACACAGUCCACAUCUGAAGAGUCGUGCACCCCAGCCUCUCUGGAAACAACAUUCUGUUCUGAGGUGUCCAGCACUGAGAAUACAGAUAAGUACAACCAGAGGAAUCCUGCUGAUGAUAGCCUUCAUGCAUCUUUAGUAUCAGAGGUCUCUCCACUAGCCACCUCACCUGAAAUCUCAGAAGCAUCUCUUAUGUCCAACUUACCUCUGACAUCCGAGGCAUCCCCAGUGUCUAACUUACCUCUGACAUCAGAAGCAUCUCCAAUGUCUGAUUUACCACUGACGUCAGAAACUUCCUCAGUGUCUUCCAUGCUACUCACCACUGAGACACCUUUUGUAUCCAGUUUGCCAAUUCCUGCAGAGACUUCUCCAAUUUCUAAUUCUUCCAUGAGUGAAAGAAUGGUACAUCAACAGAGAAAGUCACCUUCGGGAUCUGAAGAAGCUCUCUCUCCACAGAAAGAUGAACCUUCUGUCCCCACCAAGUCCCUGGGAGAGAACCUUGUCUCCCACCCAAAGCCUUUGUCCAACGUUCCAGAACCCAUCAACAUGAGUUCUUCCAUUGUGCCUGAUGCACUGCCACCUGAAGAACUGCACAGCCAGACUCUGAGUAAGGAGCCUUGCCACUCUCACAUCGAAAUGGAGAAGCUCUACACUCCUUCCAUCCCAGAACUUCCUUCUACAGAAAUGAUGAAAGUUAAAAACCAUAGUGUCCUGCAAAGAACUGAAAAGAAAGGGGUGUCUUCACCAUUGGAAUUCCCUGUCUUUUCUGAGGAGACGGAGACUAAGGGGAGUGAUAUUCCAGCAGCUAAACUACAGGACAAGCCAUACGUGCCAUCAGUAGAUAAGGCUCCAUUCCUAGAAGGCUCGAGAAACAAAAUGCAUAAGCAGGCCAGUACACUGAGCCGAUUGGAGACCCCAUAUACUUCCAAAGUAUCAGAGCCCUCCAAGUCACCCGAUGGGAUAAGAAAUGAAAGCAGAGAGUCAGAGAUAGCAAAGAGGAAGACUGUGGAACAUAGCUUUGGAAUAUGUAAAGAAAAACGAGCCAGGAUAGAAGAUGACCAGUCAGCUCGGGGCCUAGCUUCCAGCAGUCCACCUGAGAAAGAGCAGCUGCCACGUGAGGAGCCCCGGGUUCCCCCUCUCAAGAUACAGCUUUCUAAAAUUGGGCCACCUUUCAUCAUCAAGAGCCAGCCAGUCUCCAAAGCGGAGUCCCGGGCAUCCACCAGCACAUCGGUCAGCAGUGGCAGAAACACAGGAGCCAGGACCCUUGCAGACAUCAAGGCCCGUGCCCAGCAAGCCCGUGCCCAGCGCGAGGCUGCUGCAGCUGCUGCGGUUGCAGCUGCAGCGAGCAUUGUCUCAGGGGCCAUGGGAAGCCCAGGAGAGGGUGGGAAGGCAAGAACCCUGGCCCACAUCAAAGAGCAGACCAAAGCUAAGCUCUUUGCGAAACAUCAGGCCAGGGGCCACCUCUUCCAGACCUGCAAGGAGACCCGGUUGCCUACUGUCAGCUCCAAGGAAGAAUCUCUCAAUAUGGAAACCUCUUCUACCCCGGAAACAAAGAUGGAAGGCUCCGCUGGUGUCAUCAUCGUCAAUCCAAACUGCAGAUCUCCUAGCAGCAAGCCCACACACAUCCGGGAGACCGCCACUGUAUUACAGCCGCCUCUGAAUGCCCCUCAGAUUCCAGAAACUGCCACUGACUUGUCCGUGCAUAGUUCUGAUGACAACAUACCUGUGUCACACUUAACUGAGAAAAUUGUCUCAUCUACCUCUUCUGAAAAUAGCAGUGUACCCAUACUUCUAAAUAAAAGUCCCAUCAACCCCGUCCCUAUGUCUGUCUGCAGCACUGCUGUGUCGGGAGCAAUUAAAGAGCAUCCCUUUGUGAGUCCUGUUGACAAAUCCUCUGUCCUCAUGUCUGUUGACAGUACAAACAGUACGAUUUCUGCUUGUAACAUAAGCAUGUUGAAUUCCAUCCAGGGAUCUGACGCUCCGUGCAUAGCCCUUGUACCAAAAUGCAUCAACAGGACUCCUAUCCCAGCUGCUCCAGAAGGUACUAGACAGUCUAACUCCAUGGAUGGUAAGGCUCUGCUUGUAUCCGGCAGCAAGGCUGCUAACUUAGUGUCCAGUCAGUACGCUUCUGUGGCAGCUCCUACCACUGCAAGUAGUUUGCCAAACCAUCUCUGCACUAGCUCUGUCUUGAUUCCCCCCACAGGGAUUAAUAACAGAUUCGCUUCUGAAAAGAUAGCCAUGCCUGGGAGUGAAGAACAGGCCACAGUGUCCAUGGCGGCCACCAUGAGAACAGCCCUCAGCGGUGGUGAUUCAGUGGCUGUCACCGAUCCACUGGUCUCACGCCAACCCAUUGCAAUGUUUGCGGGAAAUGUGCUCACCAUAAACUCGUACGACAGUCCCCCCAAACUAAGCGGGGACAGCUCAGACAAAAACCCAGCACCUCGGAACAGGACAGACAAUUCUGGAAAACCUCAGCAGCCACCAGGGGGCUUUGCCCCAGCAACCAUAAACAGGUCAAUUCCGUGUAAAGUCAUCGUAGACCACAGCACGACACUGACCUCCAGUUUGUCUCUGACCGUCUCCAUUGAAAGUGCAGAAGCAAGUGUGGAUCCCCAGAGCCGGUCCCUGAGGACAGAGGUAGCCAUACAGCCGGUGGCAUGUCCUCAGGUGUCUGUCAUCAGUAGACCUGAGCAGGUCACCAGUGAAGGUGCAGACCACGGCCCUGUUCUCAUGGCUGCUUCUGCAGCCAAACAGGACUGUAAGACAGUGCAGACCGCUUGCACCAGUCUCCGAGAAUUGCCCCUUGCUCUUCCAGAUAAACAAAAUGACAUGACUGCGCCCCGUCUUGGCUUCGCUGAGCAGGCACGAAAUGCAAGUGCUUUCAAGACCGAAACAGACACAGCCUGUAGCAAUCAGUAUAACCCAGGAAACCGGAUUUGCUGGAGUGAAGACCCAAUGAGAAACACAGGACAGCCUGUGGCUAGUCAUCCGGGUUCGAGUAAACAGAAAGAACACCCAGAGCAGAGUGCUCUGAAGGCUGUCAAGACAGAGCACGCCAGCUAUGCACACGCGUCAGACCACCACCCUAGGAACCUCAUCGCCAAUGUCAGUCUUCCAGUGAAGCCCGAACCUCAUGAAGCAGACAAGGGCUUCAGAAUGGACACUGAGGAUUUCCCUGGCCUCGAGCGUCCUCCUCCAGCCACGGAGGUGACAAGCAGUACUAGUGUGCAACCAGCACAGGCAGUGAAGCCUUCCACCACGAUCCCCGUGGAAGAGGCUGUCCCCUUGGCUGCAGACACCCUGAAAAGACUUCCAAGCUCGGGCAGCUCAAGUUGCCGCCUGUCUUCUGUGGAAGCUAACAAUCCCCUGGUGACGCAGUUACUGCAGGGCAACCUGCCUCUGGAAAAGGUGUUACCACAGCCAAGACUGGGAGCUAAACUUGAAAUCAACAGGCUCCCUCCGCCACUCCAAACUACCUCAGUGGGUAAGACAGGGCUGGAGAGAAGCAUGGUGGAAAUGCCAUCCAGCUCUCCAAAUCCAGACGGUAAGGGCUAUCUGGCAGGGACUCUAGCGCCACUCCAAAUGAGAAAGCGAGAAAACCAUCCCAAAAAGAGAGCAGCCAGGACGGUGGGAGAACACGCUCAAGUCAAGUGCGAGCCAGGGAAGGUGGUGAUGGUGCCAGAUGUCAAAGCGGUACCCUGUGUCAUCAGUCCAGGCAUGAGUCAGCUAGGACCCAGUCAGCCAUUUAAGCAAGAGCGACUCAGUAAGCCCUCCAUGGCCAACAGGAUCAUGCCCAGCCCCGAGGUCAAACAGCAGAAGCGGCUGUUGCCUGCAUGUAGCUUCCAGCCUGGCCUGUUCCAUGUGAACAAAAACGAUGGCUUCCAUGCUGACACCGGUACCUCCCACAGACAGCAGUUCUACCAAAUGCCCAUGGCUGCCAGGGGACCCCUUCCCACUGCUGCUCUGUUACAGACCUCUCCCAAGACCCCAGUGGGCUGCAGUGCAUUUGCCUUCAACAGGCAUCUUGAACAAAAGGCACUGGGAGAUGUUAAUCUUCCUUCAGCACCUCACCAGCUAAGACUAGCUAAUAUGCUGUCCCCCAACGUGCCCCUAAAAGAAGGCGACGACGGGGGAGGCACCGCACACACAAUGCCAGGCAAAGCAGUGGUCCAUCUUCCGCUGCCACCUCCCCCGCCGCCUCCCCCACCGCCCCCUCCGCCCUUGUCCCUGCCCCCGCCACCCCCUCCGCCACCUCCACUACCUCCUCCUCCUCUCCCAACUGUAGACGUCCCAUCCGAUCAGAAGCAACCGCCAGUCACCAUGGAAACCACUAAGCGACUCAGUUGGCCCCAGUCCACGGGCCUAUGUAGCAAUAUCAAAUCAGAACCUCUUUCUUUUGAGGAAGGUUUAAGCAGCAGCUGUGAACUGGGCAUGAAACAGGUUUCAUAUGACCAGAAUGAAGUGAAAGAACAGCUGAAGGCAUUUGCGUUAAAGAAUGCAGAGUUUUCUUCCUACUUGCUCUCUGAGCCCCAGAAGCCCUUCGCCCAACUAGCUGCUCAAAAAAUACCAGUACCACAGCAACAACCACUCUGUGGAAGUUACCCAACCAUACACUUUGGGAGCACAAAUUUCAAAAGGGCAGCAUCUGCCAUUGAGAAGUCCAUUGGGAUUCUGGGAAGUGGCUCUAGCCCCGCCACCGCCACAGGGCUGGCAGGUCAGAACACUCCGAUGACGGUUCAGAACUUCGCAGACAACAGCAACGCAGACGAGUUAGAGCUGAAAUGUUCUUGCCGGCUCAAAGCCAUGAUCGUGUGCAAAGGCUGCGGAGCUUUCUGCCAUGAUGACUGCAUAGGUCCUUCCAAACUUUGUGUAGCUUGCCUGGUUGUCCGAUAA